UCCUGCCCGCCCGGCCCGUCCUGCCGCCUCCUGCCGCCUCCGUUCUUCUUUCUGCCUUCCUUCCUUCUUUCCUUCCGUCCGCCCCGCAGCGACCUCCUCCCGCCGGCAGAUUGAGUUGCACAAGAGGAAAAAGAGCCAAGAUGGCAGCGAAUAAGCCAAAGGGUCAGAAUUCCUUAGCCCUGCACAAAGUCAUCAUGGUGGGCAGCGGUGGUGUGGGGAAAUCGGCUUUGACUCUGCAGUUCAUGUACGACGAGUUUGUAGAAGAUUAUGAGCCCACCAAAGCGGACAGCUACCGGAAGAAGGUGGUCCUGGAUGGAGAAGAAGUCCAGAUUGAUAUCUUAGAUACUGCGGGGCAGGAAGACUACGCUGCAAUAAGAGAUAACUACUUCCGGAGCGGGGAGGGUUUUCUCUGCGUCUUCUCCAUCACAGAACUGGAAUCUUUCGCAGCCACAGCGGACUUCAGGGAACAGAUUUUAAGAGUAAAGGAGGAUGAGAAUGUCCCUUUCCUUCUAGUUGGAAACAAAUCUGACCUAGAAGACAAAAGACAAGUUUCCGUCGAAGAGGCAAAAAACCGAGCCGAUCAGUGGAAUGUUAAUUACGUGGAGACAUCUGCUAAGACCCGAGCCAAUGUGGACAAGGUAUUUUUUGAUUUAAUGAGAGAAAUCAGGGCCAGAAAGAUGGAAGACAGCAAAGAGAAGAACGGGAAGAAGAAGAGGAAAAGCUUAGCCAAGCGAAUCAGAGAAAGAUGUUGCAUUUUAUAAUUAAAGCCGAAACUCCUUUCUUAUCGUGACCGUACUAAAAGUAUAAUUUAUAAGCAUCGCCAUUGAAGGCUCAUGGAACUGAAGUUACUUUUAAUAUUUUGGAAAUUGCUGUGUGUCACUAAAGCAUGAAUUGGAACUGCACUGAAAGUCAGAUUCACUGAAAAAAUCAUUAGUGUCUUCAAGAAACAAAGAUCAACCCAUUUCAUAAUUGCCUUCAUUUGUCAGGGGCCUCCUGAGUGUAAUGUAUUUCAUGGGCAGUUUUCCUGAACUCUGUAAGAUAGCUCCCCGAGGUCCGGGGAAGGAGGCCGGGGGUGGGUGGGAUUCGCGGGCUUGGAUGGAAGGAAGGAAGGUAGGUAGCCUCCAGCGGUUUCUUUAUAAAGGAAAAAUUUCAUAUCUUGAAAAGUCAUCUCAGGCUUGUCUUCUACUGCCUUGAAAAACGAUGAAGGUAAACAGGUCAACAAAAACAGGCGUGCGGCUCUUUGUCGCCAAGCCUCCCAAAUGCAAGGAGAAAAGAUGACCGGGUCUUUGCCCGCAGCUGCCUUGUGCCUCACGUGUGGGACUGCGUCACCCGGGGGCUAGUGUAAAGUGGUGCAAGCUUUUCUCAUGGCGCUGGGUGGAGAUGCCUUAAUUUACCAAUCAAAAGAGCAAGAAGCCGAGCUGGGCCGCCUCGCCUAGAUCCACGGCGACCCGCUGUCUUUAGGUGGAGGGCCAAUCUUGCUUAACGGCUGCCUGCCAGAGGCCCAUGGGAACUUCAAACGUGUGCCAUACUCUGGGCCUUGAAAAGAAAGAUCCAGAUCCCAUCCGAUUAAAGAAAAAAAAGGGGGGCGUGCACUUCAAGGAAAGAGCCAGCAUGUGCCUGUGUCAGAAAUGGCCGAGGCCUGCUCUAGGAGAAUGUGUAACUGGGUUUCCUCUGACCUUGAUCCUCCUGGGGCUCGAGCACUCCCCUUUCAGAGGUGGGUGGUUAGAGCCUCCUCGUCCGAUGGGUAUCUCCUUGGAGUUGGGCGGGGCGAGACGGUAUUAAGUCCCCAAAUGCUUUUUGCAUUGGCAUAUGUUGGAGGAGUUUUCACGUGGACCAUCUCUGAUCUUUGUCCUCAUAAAGGACCGUAGUAGGACUGUAUCGGAGUACUCUCUGUUUUAGUGCGUGCUUGUCAUGGAGAACCCUGUAACUUAUUUCUUCCCCCAAUUAUAAACUCUUGGUUUCUAAACAACCCGUAGGGGAUGCAGUCCUACAAUACAGCCACUCCGUGACCCCCUUAUGGGUACAUAUUAAGGUAUUAACUGAUGACAUUUGGCAUAUAAGUUCAAAAGCCUUUAGAAUCUCUCCAGGCAGUGCCACGAAACUUUCUUGUUUAUGUUCUGACAUUAUCGCAGUAAUACUAGCACAAAGAUAUACCAGCGCAUUGUUUUUGUUAUUUGGUUUUUUGUUGUUGUUGUUUGGGUUUUUUACACUUUUUGGAGGGGGAUGAGAGAAAAGUACACUACAUACGUAAACCUAGAACUGACCAUUUACAGGUGUUUUGAGGCAUUCAAGGUGAUAAGUGUAUGCUUAAAAGAAAAUUUAGGGAAUCAACUCUUGAGGAAUUUCACACGACUUGUCGACUUAAAUAUUUAUCAUUGAAGGGUUUGUAUGUACGCUCAUUUAGUAGGUUAUAUUAUGUGCAGAAUUAAAGUUUCUGAUGUACUAAUGGCCACCUAGGUCGUAUACCCAAACGUGUAUUCAUUUUCUGGUCUUCUUUAACAAGGGUUCCAACCACUAACAUUGUGACUUUGCUUUGAAAACUGUAUUCGGGGAGUUGAGGUGCUAUGAAGCCAUUCGACAAAACUACAUCAUAUGUCGUAGGCUGAUGCCAUUUCCCAAUUCUUUUACGUACUAUUUGAGCCAUUUAAAGACCAAUAAACUUAUUAUUUUUUUUUUUA